AUGUUUAACGUAGAAACAUUAACAAGUGAAGUCUUCGCUAUUCUUUACAAUGAAAAAAUGUUCAUUAAAUGUCUUAUUAGUGUGGCAUUAUUUGUUGUUUUAUGUGAAAGUUUUGUGUUGAGUAAAAAAUCCCAGUGUCCUAUUAAAUCAUUUAACGGUGGAAAAGAUUUUAUCGUAAAAGGUGCAAAAAUAUUUGCUGAUAAAUCAUUUCAUCCGCAUUUACAAACUAUUGGUUUUAUUGCCAGAGCAUGUAAAGUCAAGGUUCGUGUUAUGAAUAGUUGGCUCCCACUGAGAACGCCUAAUGGAAUUAUACCACCUCCAGAAAUGCCACUGGUACUUGGUCGCGCCAUUCGCGUCAACUUAGAUGAUCGAAAGGGUGCAAAUAUUUGCAAUAAUAUUUGUAUGAACCGAAAUACUACUAGUGAAUUACCCGCCGAAGUAAAAUGUUUUAUAGAUAAUAUAAAUCAGAACAGUACAAUAUUUCGAGAAUUAAACAUGCUUCACGAUGGUUAUGGAACUAAUACACCUGAAGCAGAAGAAUUAAAAGCCAAAAUACAAAUAUUAUGUACAGAAACAAAAUAA